AUGGACGUUCCUAUCGAUGAGAUUGUUAAAAACCUGCUGAAGUUUGUGGUGAGAGGCUUUUAUGGGGGGUCUUAUGUGCUCGUUCUAGAUGCAAUCAUAUACCAUUCAGUGCUAGUUGAAGAGGAUUUGAAACAGUUGUUGAGUAUCAAUAAGACAGAGCUUGGACCUCUGAUUGCAAGGCUGCGGUCGGACAGGCUAGUCUCCACACAUAAGCAAAGGGAAUAUCCUCCUAAUUCCAAGAGUGUAGAGAGAUGUUACUACUACAUCAAGUAUCCACAUGCAGUGGACUCCAUCAAGUGGAAAGUUCAUCAGUUAGUGCAAAGGAUGAAGGAGGACCUCGAUAAAAACUCUGAACCCAAUGGAUACAUGUGCCCUAUAUGUUUGACUAAAUAUACACAACUGGAAGCCAUUCAGUUGUUGAACUAUGAAAGAACAGAAUUUUUAUGUUCUUUAUGUGACGAGCCAUUGAUUGAAGACGACUCUGGUAAGAAGAACAAAGAGAAACAGGACAAACUAAAUAGGCUGAUGGACCAAAUUCAACCGAUUAUUGAUUACUUGAAAAAGAUUGACGAUUCUAGAAUAGAAGAAAACACAUUUGAACUAGCACUGGCGAGAUUGAUCCCACCUCAGAAUCAACUUAACGCAGCAUACACAUUCAACCCCAAGAAGGGUUCUACCAUGUUCAAGCCAGGUGAAACCACUUUGGAUGCAAACUCUAUUAUGGGUAACUCACUUGGUAAUGACAGUAGUAGGCGUGCAGGUGCUAACUCACAAGCUACUCUUCAUGUUAAUAUCACUACUGCAAAUGAUGAAAUUGUACAAAGACAAUUACAAGAACGUCAAGCAGAAGAGAAGAGAAAGCAAAAUGCUGUUCCUGAAUGGCAUCAACAGAGUACCAUUGGUAAGACAGCACUAGGUAGAUUAGACUCCGAUGAAGAAUUUGAUCCCCAGACUACUCAGCAGGCAUUACAAUCUACCAUGGGUGGCGGUUCAGAUGUUGUAGAUGAAGAAUCUACAUAUGGCUACAACAAUAAUCUAACAGCAAACCAAAGAGAGGAGAAGGAAAAUGAAAGAACAUUGAACGAAUACUACGCUGCUUUAGCUAGAAAGCAGGCAAAGGCUAAAAAAGAAGAAGAGGAAGAGGAAGAGGAAGAAAUGGAGGAUGUUAAUGAUGAUAACGUGGACGGGAAUGAUGAUGAUGAAGAUGGUUUCGAAGAUGUGGUAACAGGCAACAACGGCACAACUCAGAAUCAAUCUGAAGAUAGCGAGGAUAACGAAGACAUCGCGGCCUUUGAAGAUGAAUUCGAAGAUGUAAUGGAUGAAUCGGACGAGAAAAAGAUCUCUAACGGCGAAGAUAAAAACAAGGAUGAUGAUAUGGAUAUAGAGUUUGAAGAUGUUUAA